ACCCUCCAUUUUUCUUUAACAUAACAAUAUGGGGUGUGAAAAAAUUGCAAAUUUGAAUCAAGAAUAUGACGAUAACAAAGCAAGCAAUCAACAAUGGCAAUGCCGAUAUUUAGGUGCACAACAAGAACUGAAGCUCACUCUCUAUGCUGUACUCGUAGCUCUUAUGUUAUCCGAUUGUGCAGAGUCAUAUGAUCCAUUAGAUCCAAAUGGGAACAUAACAAUCAAAUGGGAUGUAAUAUCUUGGACCCCAGAUGGUUAUGUGGCAUUAGUGACGAUGAACAACUUCCAAAUGUACCGACAUAUAAUGAACCCAGGGUGGACGCUAUCAUGGAUGUGGGCGAAAAAAGAAGUGAUAUGGUCGAUGGUGGGAGCACAAACUACCGAACAAGGGGACUGCUCGAAGUUUAAGGGUAACGUACCUCAUUGCUGCAAGAAGACCCCGGUAGUUGUAGACUUGCUUCCUGGGGUACCCUACAACCAGCAGAUUGCUAACUGUUGCAAGGCUGGAGUUGUUGCUGCAUGGGGUCAGGACCCUGGUGCUGCCGUCUCUGCCUUCCAGGUCAGUGUCGGAUUGGCGGGCACUUCUAAUAAGACCGUGAAGCUGCCUAAGAAUUUCACGUUGCUUGGGCCCGGACCAGGGUAUACUUGUGGCCCAGCAAAAAUUGUUCCCUCUACAGUUUAUUUUACGCCUGAUCACCGGAGGAAAACUCAGGCUCUCAUGACGUGGAACGUAACGUGCACUUAUUCACAGUUUCUAGCUUCCAAAAACCCGUCAUGUUGUGUAUCCUUCUCAUCUUUCUACAACGAAACAAUCGUUCCUUGUGCACGAUGUUCUUGCGGUUGCCACAACAAAGACAACUGUAUCAGGAGCGACUCAAAGAAAUCACACUCCGUAGGAGUACACACUCCAAAGAAAGAUAACACUCCUCUUCUACAAUGCACACAUCAUAUGUGCCCUAUUCGAGUCCACUGGCACGUCAAGCUCAAUUACAAGGAUUACUGGCGCGCCAAAGUAGCUGUUACUAAUUUCAACUAUCGCUUGAAUUAUACUCAGUGGACUCUUGUAAUUCAGCACCCGAACCUUAACAAUGUCACCCAAGUUUUCAGCUUCGACUAUAAGCCUCUAGUACCUUAUCAAUCAGUCAACGAUACUGGUAUGUUCUACGGCAUGAAAUUCUACAACGAUCUGUUGAUGGAAGCAGGAUCAAACGGGAAUGUCCAGUCCGAAGUGCUCCUAAGAAAAGAUCAAAACACAUUCACCUUAAAACAAGGAUGGGCAUUUCCUAGGAAGGUUUACUUUAAUGGAGAUGAAUGCAGACUUCCACCCCCUGAUGCAUAUCCUUCACUUCCGAACUCUGUCGGUUUAAAUUCGGUUUCUUACUUAAUGGUAGUUGCCAUUCAGGCACUAAUGGUUCUUUUUGUUUAGGUAAUAAUCUUACUACAACUACUCUUGUGAGAGACAGCCCCUCGGUAAGAUGACCUCAAAACAAAGAGCUCAUAUACUAAUAAUUCUAUUCAUUGGGCUAUUCAACCCAUGUACGGAGAACGUCUCACGGUGAGACCGUCUUACACAAGGAUUUGUGUUCUUACUACUAUAUGGUUAGGAAUUUCCAAAACCACAAGUGCAUAUCCGAAUAUUAGAACAAAAGUUGUUCCCAACAAAAAUGUUGAAAUGUGAAUUCCGGGGGAGAUUGUGCAUACAAUUCCGAAUUGAUUCAGAAAGACUAUUGUUUGAGAUCCGUUUUUUUCGAGUCGAAUUUAAUUGAUUUUUAUUUCUGUAUUCCUGACGACCGACGAAUAAACAUAGUUGAUGUUAUCAAAUCUCAAGUGUAACACAGAAAGUACAACAACCAACUCUAUAUAACACUUCACUUCCAUGGGGAAUGUUUUUACA